CUAAGGUAUAACGGAAAUGCUGACCCGGAAAAACAAAAUGGCAAAAAAUGGGGGAUCACAGGAGUCAACACUCUAACAUAAACGUCAGCCUCUUGACAGGCGAAACAGCAGUGUGGUACUGUGCCAAAACCAGCAUGAACCUUCAGCAGCCUGCCCCUCUCAUUCCCCCUGUCCAUCCUGAUGUACAGAUGAAACCCCUGCCCUUUUAUGAUGUGCUGGAUGUUCUUAUCAAGCCUUCAAGUCUAGGAGCAAGUACUGCACAGAGGUACCAUCAAGAAAAGUAUUUUAUUUUUGCUUUAACACCACAGCAAGUUCGAGAAGUAUGCAUAUCCAGAGACUUCCUGCCAGGUGGCAGAAGGGACUAUAUGGUUCAAAUUCAACUAAGGUUCUGCUUGGCAGAGACAAGUUGUCCACAAGAUGAUAAUUUCCCCAACAGUCUUUGCAUAAAAGUCAAUGGCAAGCUCUUUCCUUUGCCUGGAUUUGCACCACCACCAAAAAAUGGAGUUGAACAGAAGAGAACAGGAAGACCUCUUAACAUUACCUCCCUUGUCAGACUUUCUUCUGCUGUGCCAAACCAGAUUUCAGUGACAUGGACCCAAGAAAUGGGAAAGACUUAUUCUCUCUCUGUGUACCUUGUGAGGCAACUGACAUCACCAUUGCUCCUGCAGAGACUGAGGAUGAAGGGAAUCAGAAGCCCAGACCACUCCAGGGCCCUAAUUAAGGAGAAGCUAACAGCAGAUCCAGACAGUGAGAUUGCCACAACAAGUCUUCGGGUGUCACUCAUGUGUCCGCUGGGUAAGAUGCGACUGACAGUCCCGUGCAGAGCUGUGACAUGCUCUCAUCUACAGUGCUUUGAUGCUGCCCUCUACCUGCAGAUGAACGAAAAGAAACCUACCUGGAUCUGUCCUGUGUGUGACAAGAAAGCUGAUUAUGAGAAUCUCAUUAUUGAUGGUUUAUUCUUGGAGAUCCUUAAUGACUGCUCAGAUGUUGAUGAAAUCAAAUUUCAAGAGGACGGGACCUGGUGCCCAAUGAGACCGAAGAAAGAUCCGUUCAAGUUCUCUGUUCAUUCAGUUGGAAAAGAAGAAUCCACAACUCCUUUACACCAGUCAUCAGUGGUAGUCCAUCCUGUGGAACCCAAUCUCAACAAGAAAACUGAUGUAAUUGAUCUGACACUAGAAAGCUCCUCAUCUUCUGAUGAUGAUGAUGAUGAUACAAGCACAACCCCCCCAUCUAAGAGACAGUGCAUUUACAUCUCCAAGAAUGAGGAAAUUCAUGCUAAAGGCGUGUUGGCGUACCAGCCUUCUCUUCGUAUGCCGAAUGUUCCAGGGCUAGAACAGUCAUACCUUACCUCAGCGAUUGCCGAGUAUGCAGUUCCUUUUCGCCCAUCUACCCUAAGUUCCAUUCCUACUGAAUUGCAAAGUCUGGAUUUGUUUUCAUUAAUCCCAACAGAUCCUCAGCAUUACAGGCCCCAAAUGUUUUUGGAAAACCUUUCAGGCCUGCACAGCAUACCCAGCACUAGCUCUGGUUUGGUAUCCUCUACCUCCAGCAGCAACUUCAAUGCCAGUGGUCAUACUGCCACCUCCAUCCACAGUACACCAGUCGUCACAGGAGUUUCCACUGGAGAAGUGACUGGAGGUAGCUUGUCGGAUAUUAUUUCACUGGACUGAGCCACAUUCCUCUACACCUUUCAAUGCCUAUUUUAAAGGUUUUCUGUGGUAAAUAGUAAAUAGUUUUCAGAUUCCUAGGCAAUUUGAUCUUGCCAUUCUCUAUUGCUAUUUUUUCCUGGAUGAGUUAAAUGGAAAGAGAGUAAAAACUUAACUUAAAUUUAUUUUUGUCACAACAUGGUUUAGUUUGUCAUUUUAAAUGUCAUUUUAAAUGUUUGAUUACUUAUACCAUUCAUGGAAAGUUCACAGAGAUUCCCUCUGAGUGGAAAAAGCUCCCAUUAGAAGUGAGUAGAGUGAGUGGACCUAAACUAAGCAAGAAAAACGAGUACAAAAUAAAUGUUUUGAAUUAUACAAAAACUUGGUAUGUGAUAAAAUGACCAACUUGCAGCUCAUCUUUGUUUGAAGAUUCUAAAUCUGAGCUGUGUACAUAAUCCUUUCUAGAAUUUCUGCACAGCAAUGUGUGUACUCAAAAUCCUGAUUGCUGGUAGCGAAUGGCGUGGAAGAUUUGUAUGACAUCAUUUUGUUUGAAUGAAUUAACAUGUCAAAAUUGGCUUUGUGUUGCUAGGUAGCAUAAUAAAAAUUAAAAAGCAAGUAUUGUAUCAGAAAUCACUUAGACCUUCAGAAUUUCUCUUACUAUAAUUACCUGUAACUUUUUUUAUUUAAGGUGUUUUAUUUGCUUAAUAAUUGUCAGCAAAAUGUUUAAGCCGGAAAAUCAGGAAGAGACAAAACUACUAGAGCUGAAAACUGAAGAUCUUUCAUCAGGAAAAUGUUUCUGUAGUUGUGUAACCUAACCUUGAGACUGAUUGCAUGAAAUUACUUCAUUGAGCCAAACUCUUUUAUGACAAUGUAACCAGACUUAACAGUUCUUAAGAAUUGUCUAGUUUUCAUAAACAAUCAUUUGUGUCGUAUUUUUGUUAUCUGCAGCUCUAAACCUUGCCUUGUAUAACAGUAUGUAAGGCUUUUAAAAUUAUUUUAAAGGAAACCUUCAAAGUUUAUAAAGGUAACAUUUUUAAAUAGAAGAUGUUUUAUAGGUUUAGUCACAGAAAAUAUGAGUGACAUCUUCCAACAUGCUCAAAUCAAUAAAACCACUGAAGUGUUAAACAGUACAUGAAGUAAUAGUAAUAGUCUUCAACACACUUUGAAAGCUUAAAAACAGAUGACGGAGCAAACAAAUGACAUGUUUUUGCUGAUAAUUUCUGCCAUUGAGUUCUACAAAUCAGCCCACUUAUCAAAAAUUCACAUUGAGUAAAACCUUUUGCCAAGAGCUACUUUGCUAAUAAAGUUAGCAGGGUAUCUCUUGCAUACACAUUUUUUGGAGAAUGCAUAUGGUAUAUUAAAGUUCCAAGUUUUUUUUGCAAAUUUAAAUUUUCAAUUGGAAACUUAUUUUUAAUAAGUUUGUUUAUAUGUUUUGAUUAAAAGAUUCAUAAAAAGCAUUGAGUAUAUGUUUCAAAGUUUUUGCAUGAACUUUCUUUCUAAUGCUGGGGUUGUGAAUAAGAACAAACUGAAAUGAUAUUGGUAGAGCAGAAAAUGUGCACCGGCAUGUAAAUAUGUAACAGUAUAACUGGAUGUUGGCCUUUUAAGGUUAAGUAGAUGUUGACAAAGCUCCAAUCUCUAAAAGGAAGAUAGCAAACAGGGAAAAGAAAGGCAAAGCAGUGGCUGAUAAAUAUAUGAAGAAAAUAAUCAUUCAAACACAACAUAGCAUAAUACAGGUAUCCAAAUACAUUGAGCAACAUGUUCUCAAGCCAAUGUUUGUGAUUAAUCUCAUGUAACAAGUGAAUGCAGCAGGUAGGAUGAACUUUAGGACUCAUUAGGACCUUUUUCAUUAGAUUAAGCAGAAUUGAACUUUACUUAUUGAACAAUGCAUUUUUAUUUGUUUUGGGGUUUUGAUUUAUUGAUGUCUAGUUUCAUUAUUAUUCUGUGUACCUUAGUGUUUUUGAUUAAAUCAGCCUUGUUUCUAUUUUACUUUAGUUCAGUUCUUCUCAUGAUUCUAGUUUAAUUAGUUUGUUCUUUAUUGUGUCUAGCAUUCAUACCAGCCCUGUUCAGUCUGCUUUAAUCAAACUCUAGUUCUUUUAUCCGUGUGAACGCACAAUUAAACUCUAAUGCGGACUUAAAAAGUGAACACUGGUCUUCCUAAAAACCUCAGUCUGGGUUCAGUUGAGUGAACCCAGAACUUCAACUGAAGAUCUAGCUUCUGCUGCAAGUGGAUCUGAGACCAGAGCAGGAAACUCACAGAUAAUAUGUUGAUUAUAUCAACAUAUUACUUUCUGCUCUGUGGGUUUAGAUCAGGUUUUGUGUCUCUUGCCAUGGCAACAGGUCUGUGUGUAGAGUAAAGCUGACACAGAGGAAAAGUAAAAUAUAAAUGGUUUAAAGUUGUUUUACAUCUGUUUAUCCCUUUGCCCACUGAAACCGCUGUCAUUUUUAAACCUUUAAUAAACAACAGAAACUGGA